AUGAAACUAGAGCAAUAAAGUUUGCUUUUAUAAGAAAUGUCCUUUUGUUUCUAAUACCACUAAUGUUAAAUAUACUUUAGAUCUUUCGAUGAGUAUUUUAAUGAUCCAAUUUUUUUGGUCUAGUUAAAGAGGAUGGAAAUUUAAAAGCAACUUGGUAUUCUGAUCUUAAACUAUGGAAAUUGA